AUGGACCCCUUAGUUCAUUCCAAGAUGCUUUUCAGCCUUUCACUUCGUCCUUCCUUAAGGCAACGACGCUUCAUACAGUCUCCGAGAAGUAAAUUGGAAGAGCGUAAGAGCAGAAGAGGAGAAAGAUGGUGAAAGUCACUACCUACUUCGCCAUGUCAUUGGGUGCCUUCAUUUUCUGGCAGUCUAUGGACAAACUCCACGUCUGGAUUGCUCUCCAUCAGGACGAGAAGAAAGAGAGAAUGGAAAGGGAAAUGGAAAUCAAGAGGGUCAGAGAAGAGCUACUGCAACAAGCCAAGCAAAACGAUUCUCCGGCAUAAGUUUCUCAUUUAUUAGCAGUGGCUUUGCUUUUGAACUUUCUAUUUUGUCAUGUUGUGCAACUGUUAUCUUAACAUUUUAAUAAAAGAUUCCACAUAAAACAUAGUAAACAGUUCGAAUUGAAUGGUUUAUUCUCAGUGAAACGUACCUUGUUCUCUCCUCUUAA